AUGAAGCGCGCCAGUUUAGGAGGUCAUACGCCUGUAAACUUAAAUUCAUUAAAUGAUGAUGCCUUAGAAAAAAAGAAAGCUAAACAGAAAAGUAGAAAGGAGCGUGAAUUAAGACGAAGUUCAGCGCUUCAGUCAAUUACUCCAAGAAGAGAAUCUUUGGGCGGACCAGGUUAUGGAUCACCUUUUAAUAGUUCCUAUCAAGUUCCUGUUUUAUCUAAUUUUGAAGAAUGGAUCAAGUUAGCUACGGAUAAUAAGAUCAAUUCGACAAACACAUGGAACUUUGCACUAAUUGAUUAUUUCCACGACAUGUCCCUACUUCGAGAAGGUGAAGCUAUUAAUUUUCAAAAAGCGAGUUGCACUCUAGAUGGUUGUGUUAAAAUCUAUACGUCCCGAAUUGAUUCGGUUGCUACUGAAACAGGCAAACUACUUAGUGGUUUAGCAAACGAUUCCAAAGCUUUAGGUGAAACCGAGGAUACUAGCGAGAAUGCAGAAGACGAAGAAGGAAGAAAAAAGCGUGAACGAAAGCGUGCCAAUCGAUCCGUAAAUACACUUGCUAAAGAUUUUGAAAGUCUACGUGCUAAAAAAUUUGAGUUGGAAGGAUCUUUUGACCCUUUGUUCAAAAAAAUGUGUGCAGAUUUUGAUGAAGACGGUGCGAAAGGGCUAUUAAUGAACCAUUUGUCUGUUGAUCAGCAUGGUAAAAUAGUGUUUGAUUCUAGCGAUGCCAUUAUCAAGGAUUUAGAAGGAAAUGAUAAUAAAGAGGGAAAUCUAGAAGACAUUAAUACCGGAAAUCCAGAAGCGGAGAACGAGAAUAAGGAUGCUGAUACUGACGGUAUUUCUUUGGAAGCUUUGGGAAGUAUUCAGAAGCGUUAUUUUAUUGAUAUUGAUCAACUUACAAUUUGUCCUUCUUUACAAGGAUUCGAAUUCGACAAUAAAGGCAACUUGGAUGUUUCAUUAUUAAAGUCUUUGAGCGACGAAGUGAAUAUGAUUGCACCGAAUUCAUUGUUGGAAGAGCAAGCUGCUAUGAAUGGAGAUGUAGAACUUGGUUCUGCACCAUUAGAUUCUGAUGGUUCUGAUGAUGAUGAUAAUGAACAAGGCCAUAUUGUUCACGCACUUGAAGAUAUGGCUUAUGGCGAUGAAAAUGUUGAUUUAUCUACGAAACCGUUAGAUGAAUUCGAGGAUCCAACCAAUAAUAUGCAAGAUGAUAUUGAUACGGGAGAAACGAUUAAUUUAGCAAACUAUUCUGUGGACAAUCAAUCGUCCGUAAAUGGAAUCUACGAGUAUUUCGACAAGUCAAUAAAGAAGAAUUGGGCCGGUCCCGAGCAUUGGAGGAUUCAAGCUCUUCGUAAAAGAAGCAUUUUUCAACCUCCUGGUAUGGAUUUGUCAAAUGUUUCUGAGGGCGCUGACACUACUCGGACGUCCACUUCUUUAGAACGUAGGCGGCGUCGUGAAACGGAUAACACGAUAGACUUUACGAAGGAAGUUGACCUUGACUCUCUACUUACUCCUGCUUCUGGUAGUUUAAAGCUGCCAAAAUCACAUUGGAAAAAACAUAAUCGCUGCUUGUUACCGGACGACUAUCAGUACGAUUCUAAGCGUCUUUUACAGCUUUUUCUAAAACCAAAGGUAACUCUCAUGCCGUAUGUAUCCUUCAAUGGAGAAACUGGUGUUAAGCGGGUUUUUGAAGGACAAGAUGAAGCAGAUGCUAGUGCCCCAAUAUACCCUGGUGGAUUCGAUGAGGACAGCGAUGGUGGAGAUAUGGAAGAACAAGGCUUACACGAUUUUGAUGGGGGAUCCAUGCAAGAAUUGCGGGAGAACACAUCAUCGCCUACACCACCUUCCUCUGCUGGUUUUGGGGAGAAUUUGUUAUUGAAUGCUCGUCUUGCCAAGCCGGAUAGCAUUAAUUACGCAAAACGAGCGAAAAGAGUGGAUGUAAAGGUAUUGAAAGAAAAUAUAUGGAAAUGUUUGGAUCUUGAAGAAAAAAAUAUACCAGAAGCGUCGAAAUCGAAUGCUGAAUCCAAUAAUGAUGAAGAACCAAAGGAAGAAGAAAAGGAAGAACCUGUGCGUACAUUCUCUUCAACUGUUUCCCAGUUAGAAAACUUGUAUGGACAAAAAGAACUCAAGGAUAUCUCUACAAGCUUUGCAUUUAUUUGUUUAUUACACCUUGCCAAUGAAAACGCUUUAAACUUAAUAAGUAACGAAGACUUUUCAGAUGUUUUCAUUCAACAUGAUCCUAGCUUGACUAGCUUGGAACAACUGGAAAAAAAUAUAUAA